CCAUCUUUUGGAGUGCCCGCUGGCACCGGUUGGCAUGAGACUCUCCACAGCGGCGGCGCUCCUCACCGGCUUCAUCUUGGCUUUCUCGCCGGCGUACGACAGCUGUGGACCGGGCAGAGGUUACGGCAAGAGACGGACUCCGAGGAAACUCACGCCUCUCGCCUAUAAGCAGUUCAGUCCAAACGUUGCCGAAAAAACGCUGGGAGCCAGUGGGAGAUAUGAGGGGAAGAUAACCCGCAACUCCGAGCGCUUUAAAGAGCUCACGCCCAACUACAACCCAGACAUCAUCUUCAAGGAUGAGGAGAACACAGGUGCGGACCGCAUGAUGACGCAGCGCUGUAAGGAUAAGCUGAACUCCCUGGCCAUCUCCGUGAUGAACCUGUGGCCUGGUGUGCGUCUGCGUGUGACGGAGGGCUGGGAUGAAGACGGCCAUCACUCUGAAGAGUCUCUGCAUUAUGAGGGCAGGGCGGUUGACAUCACUACCUCAGACCGCGACCGGAACAAGUACGCCAUGCUGGCUCGUCUGGCAGUGGAAGCCGGCUUCGACUGGGUCUACUACGAAUCCAAAGGCCAUAUACACUGCAGUGUCAAAUCAGAGCACUCGGUAGCAGCAAAGACGGGUGGCUGUUUUCCUGGAGGGGCUCUGGUGACGAUGGAGGAUGGCACUCAUAGACCAAUCCGAGACCUAAGAGCAGGAGACCUUGUUCUGGCCUCGAUGGGAAGUGACGGGACUGGGGAGCUCGUCUACAGCAAAGUCCUUGCCUUCCUGGACCGUAGCCCAAUAACUCAGAAGCACUUUUAUGUGAUCAGCACUGAGGAUGGGGUCAGUGUCUCCUUAACGCCAGCUCAUUUACUGUUUGUCUGGGUUGGAAACUGCUCCAGCGGGGACCAGCCAAAGCUUGGAUCCCUCCGGACGAUAUUUGCCAGUGAUGCCCAGCCAGGGCAGAGUUUGCUGAUCGUCAGUGAAGGAGACCUCAGGAAGCGUGUUUCACGGAUCGCUCAAGUGGAGGUGCGGGAGGACCGGGGUGCUUACGCCCCACUCACUGCCCAUGGGACUUUGGUGGUGAAUGGAGUGAUGACCUCAUGCUACGCUGCGGUGAAUGAACCACAGCUAGCGCACUGGGCAUUUGCACCUCUACGCCUGUUGUACAGCUGGACCGGACCGGAUCGGAUCCUUAAGAACGGCUUACACUGGUACUCUCAGGUCCUACUCCGUGUGGGAACACUACUGCUAGACUCAGAACUCUUCCACCCGUCGGCCUUAGAAGAUCACCAAAGAUGAUGAAUUGAAAAUGAACUUUGAGAUGAGUGAGUGGCGGGAAAUGAUUGAAUGCUCAGGGUUUAUGACUUAAAGGGUUAGUUCACCCAAAAAUGAUUCUCAUUAAUUACAUGAAUUACUCACCCUCAUGUCGUUCCAAACCUGUAAGACCUUCAUUCAUCUUUGUAACACAAAUUAAGAUAUCUUUAAUGAAAUCCAAGAGGUUUCUGACCUUGCAUAGAUAGCAACACAACUACUACAUUUAAUGCCUAGGAAGGUAGUUAGGACAUUGUUAAAAUAGUCCAUGUUUAGUCCGUCAGACACAGGAGCCAUUAUUCUGACGUAGAACGUUCAUUGUUUUUAUAUUCUGGUUAGAAUAAGUAAGGCUGAGCAAAAAAUGCAAUGUCACCCUCUCCGUGAAAAUCUUCAGACAUGUUUAUGAAGACUGUUUGAUGUUUAACGUGCAUCUUCCUCAGCUUGCAAACAAGGUGCAGCUCAUCCGGGUUCUUCUACGUCAAUAGCAUCUCACGCAUGCAUCAUGGUAGUCUCCUGAACAUGCGUCGAAAGACAAGAAGUUGUUGAAUAAAGGCAUUAUUUAUGUUUUCUUUGCACACAAAAAGUAUUCUCAUAGCUUUAUAAAAUUAAGGUUGAACCACUGAUGUCACAUGGACAUUUUAAUGACGUUCUUACUACCUUUCUGGGCCUUAAAUGUGGUAGCUCCAUUGCUGUAUGUGGAGGGUCAGAAAGCUCUCGGAUUUCAUCAAAAAUAUCUUCAUUUGUGUUUUGAGGAUGAACAAAUGUCUUACGGGUUUGGAACGAUGUGAGGGUGAAUAAUUAAUGACUGAAUUUUCAUUUUUGGGUGAACUGCUAUGUUAGGCAAAUGUGUACCAAAAGCAGACUUUUUAAUGACUAAAGGUGAAGAGUGUCAUUUCUGAACAACAAGCGACACCAAGCAGAAUUGCAAAAAUUAUUUUUAAUGCCCUGAUAUGUAAAACCCCAAACACAUGCCAUGGACCCUUUUCCAAAUUUCCAGGGUUCUCAGGAACGGAAACCAUAAGCUUCUAUGAAGUGCUGCAAGGAUGACAUGUUUUUGAGCUUAUUUUCUUAAUUAAUCCAAAAGUCAGUGGAAAAAAACCUAUUGGAUUUUGUUGAGGGAACCAGCGUGACGUGAACUUUAAGGUUGUCCUUCAAAACUACGUCAUCACUGCAGCGCUCUACACACUUACAAUGAUAAUAACUGCAUUUCUUGUAGUUGUAUAAGCUCAAAUAAAAAUUUCACAUUAAAAAAAUUCCACACAUAACCUUUAACGGCAAAAAAAGUACAGAUUACAAACUGACCUCUUGUCUUGCUUCUUACAGAAAUUGUGAGAGACCAAACAUUG